AUGUGGGUAGUUGAACCAAACUCUCCUACCUGCCUCUCUGCCGCCCUGCCUGCCAAGAGACACUCCCAGGAAUACAGCAACGUGGAGUUAUCACUGAUGCAUGAAGUUUUGGAACCACAGCAGAACAGCAGCAGUGCAGCGGGCGGCCUGGCUGGCUCCAUCACGGCCUGUAAGAAGGUUCUUCGCAGCAAUAGCUUGCUGGAGUCCACGGACUACUGGCUGCAGAACCAGAGGACGCCUUGCCAGAUCGGGUUUGUGGACGAGGAGUCUGAAAACUGUGCUUCGGUCUGCUUUGUGAACCUGGAUGUAAACAAGGAUGCCUGCAGCACAGAGAACCUGCAACAGAAACUGCUCAAUGUCUCACCAGACCUUCCAAAACUUAUCAACUCCAUGAAUGUCCAACAACCGAAAGAAAAUGAAAUUGUCCUCCUCAGUGGAUUAGCCUCUGGAAACCUCCAGGCAGAUUUUGAUGUUUCACAGUGCCCUUGGCUGCCUGAUAUCUGCUUGGUCCAGUGUGCAAGAGGAAACAGACCAAACAGUACCAACUGCAUCAUCUUUGAGAUCAACAAGUUCUUAAUUGGUCUGGAAGUGGUGCAGGAGCGCCAGCUGCACCAGGAGACCAGCGUCUUGAGGCUGGAGGAUGACACAAACUGCUCUCUGUCUUCAAUCGAGGAGGAUUUCCUUACCGCCUCUGAGCACAUGGAGGAGGACAUUGAGGCAGAGGAAUACAGGAGUGGUUUCGAAACUAUAAACGUGCCAGCUAAUGUGUUGGAAGGUAAAAAGCCAAAGGAAACUAUUCAGGAAGGAUGGGAUUACCAGAAGGAAAAGUUGCAUUGUGCUUUAGGGGAAAAACACACUCGAAAACACCGUACACCCAUGAAAACAGAAGGGCCAAAGGAAAACAUAGCAGAGAAGACACCCUUGCAAAGUGUCAGUCCUUCAGCCAGGGCAUCCCGUGGGAAAAGUGAAGUCAAGCAGCUGGCCACAAAUCACUCCUACCCGGAAAAUAUCAAAGCAGAAACAGAAACAUCUCAGAUGCUGUUUAUCCCUCGGGAUGCUUAUCUCUCUAUGGUUAAGAAAGAGGGGCUUUCUUCCUGUGAAGCAGUCACUGAGCAGGGUAGCAACCCCAGAGACCAUGGUGGUCUGCAAAACUCUCUUCCUCCUAUUCAAAAUGGAGAAGCCACCACGGGCGAGUAUGCUACAAACUUAGCGGAAUCGGUGCUGCAAGAUGCCUUCAUCAGAUUGUCUCAGGCGCAACCGACACUCCCCGGGGAAUCUUCCGUUAGUUUCUCUGUGGGAAGCACUCUUCUUCCCGGUGGCUGUUGUACAAAAGAUACAGUGGUCCCUCGUUCAUGGAAUGAGCUUCCAAAAAUUGUCAUUGUGCAGAGCCCAGAAGGCAGUGACGCUGCCCUGGAGCCAAGUGUCUCCUCCUGGCCCGAGACGGAAGUUUCUGCUGAAACCUCAUGCAUCGCUUCCGGAGAAGGCUCCCGCAGAUCCACUCAGAGUGCCCUAGAAGUUGCCCUGGCUUGUGCAGCCACGGUUAUUGGAACCAUUUCCAGUCCACAGGCCACAGAAAGACUCACCAUGGAACAGGAAUCCCUGCUAUCCAGCUAUUCCCAGAGAGGCAGUGGGGUACAGCAAACUCAAGUGCCGCAAGUACUCAUGGAACCAUCUAUAACUGAAUACUCCUUUCCGUCAGCCCUGUGUGGCAUGACACAGGUGGCAAGCGCUGUUGCUGUCUGCGGCCUGGCUGAAAGAGAAGAGGUGACAUGUUCUGUAGCUCCAAGUAACCUCUUGCCCACAUCCGGGGCUUCUGAAGAAAUAUCCUCAACUGGAAGUUUGGUGACAGAGAGAAGUGCGGAGUUGGGGAAGGAAGCCAUCGCAGAGGCUCUGCUCAGGGAGGCUGCUCUAGUCUUAGUGCGACCUGAAGCAUACGGUAGCAUUGGAGACCUCUUUGACUCUGUGAACAGGAGAAUCGUAGAAACCACUUCCAGAACCCAGAGCCUGGGCAAAGAGAACACCCAAAGGAAUGAACUGGCACAGACCCUGUCCAACGCCAUUCUCAAGCAUUGCAUUGAUGAAGUUCACCAGACAAACGUAACAGCUCGCCCCACCGAUGAAAGACACCGCUGUGGCAUUCUGGACCCCUUAAUGGAAAGUGUGAACCAGCUUCUCCACAAUGUGAUCUGUUUCACGUUCAAAAAGAUGAGUCAUGUUGUAACAGCCGGUGAUCAUCCCACUGGCCUUUCUGAAGAGACCCGCAGGUGGACAGAGGCAGAACCCUUAGGUUGCCAUUCGUUUGAUCAGGCUGCUGGUCAAACAGGGGCAAAAGCCUCAGCAUGUUCUGGCAACCAUUCUCUUAGCAAUGCACACGGUACUGGCCUUGUCAUCGGUGAUCUUGUUGAGGAUGCACCUCUGAAGCCAAGCAUGGGUGGAGCGAGGUCGGGACUAUGCAACAACCCCAGGCUGCCAUCUGAAUUCUCAUGCUGUCACAAAAUGCUUGGUCCAGCUUCUAAAACAUCCCCCAAGGAAAUAUACCUGAAAGGGCUUAUGGGAGAGGCCUCUAAGAACCCUGACUACACACUCAGUUUGGAUAGCAAAGAACAGAGAGCCUCUACGGAAACAGGAAAGUCUCCCAGACCAGGCGAGUGCUGCGGUGGCUCCCAGGAAACUGAAGACAGCCUUGUUCUAAGCACCCAAGAGAAACACACCUGGGCCACUCCCAUAAACAAUGAAGUUCAAGUUAACCGAUCCUCGUUAGGGGAUGACCUGGUGUUUCCUGUGUUUCCUGCCCAGCCCACACUACAGGCAAAGCAGUCCGAGGUCUACUGCAUCACAGACUUUGCCGAAGAAUUGGCAGAGACUGUUGUCUCCAUGGCAACCGAAAUUGCUGCAAUCUGCCUUGACAACUCCAAUGGAAAACAGCCGUGGUUUUGUGCUUGGAAAAGAGGAAGCGAGUUUCUGGUGGCGCCCAACGGACCCGGCCGAUCCUUGAAGAGGAAGAAGGAGAACUUGGGCGGUGGAAGCACUGUAAGGAAACACAAGCCACCUCGCCUCAGCGAAAUCAAGAGAAAAACAGACGAACAUCCAGAGCUGAAAGAGAAGCUGAUGAACAGGGUCAUGGAUGAGUCCGUGAACCUUGAAGACACUCCUGACUCCAUCAGUACGUUCGCAAAUGAAGUGGCAGCCAAGAUCAUGAACCUCACAGAGUUCUCCAUGGUGGAUGGAGUGUGGCAAGCCCAGAGCUGUUCCCGGAAUCGGUUCCUGGGAGGUGAUAGGUGGAACAAGCUGAAGGCCUCCAGCUGCGAAAGCAUUCCUGAGGAGGACUCUGAAGCCAGGGUCUACGUAAACAGCCUGGGUUUAAUGAAUACCUUAAGCCAGCCAGUUAGCCGGGCCAGCUCAGUCUCUAAACAGUCCAGCUGUGAGAGCAUCACCGAAGAGUUUUCCAGGUUCAUGGUGAAACAGAUGGAAAACGAGGGGAGGGGAUUUGAGUUACUGCUGGAUUACUAUGCUGGCAAAAAUGCCAGCAGUAUUCUGAGCUCAGCCAUGCAGCAGGCAUGCCAGAAAAACGACCACCUCAACGUGAGGCCAAGCUGUCCCUCUAAACAGUCCAGCACAGAGAGCAUCACUGAGGAGUUCUACAGGUACAUGCUGAGGGACAUCGCCAAAGAAAGCAAAGAUGGUACCUCCUCCAGACGAAGCAGCCAUGACUGGACCACGAGCUUGCUGUCUCCUUCAGCCCGCUCCCCGCUCUGUUACAGACAGUCGUCUAUGCCUGACAGCAGGUCCCCAUGCUCCAGAUUAACAGUAAACGCGCCUGUCAAAGCCAACUCCUUAGACAGUUUUGCCCAAAACUGCCCUCAAGAUUCACUAAAUGUACAGCCAGUCAGUAGGGCUUCCUCAUCUGGUCUCUGCCAAUCAGACUCCUGCUUGUAUCGCAGAAGUGGGACUGACCAGAUCACAAACAUGCUCAUUCAUGAAACAUGGGCCACCUCCAUUGAGGCUCUCAUGAGAAAGAACAAAAUUAUUGUGGAUGAUGGCGAGGCAGCAGGUGUCAGUCCUGGUCCUGUUUCAAGGGGCUCUCCUUUGCAAGGAGAGAAGGGUGCAAACGGAGUUGCCGCCAGCAGAGGACACAGUGGGCCAGCUCUGCUGGUACAGGAGUCUGUAGAUUACCAGAGAAAGGAGGUUGUUACUGAAAGCAAUCCUUCCCCAAUGUCAUCUCCGAGCAAAACAGCUCCCGGUAAGAAACUGGGUGGUUUUGAUCCUAGAAGAGAAACCUCUUCGUGCCACGAUGCCAUUGUUCUCCAAAGCCCCAGGCAGCCGCUUUGCUCAAGAGAUGUACCUUUGAUUCAGAUAGAGACAGAUCAGAAAGAAGAGGGCAUUGGAGAACAAGAACCUAUCCUUCCCCAAAGUGGCUCCCUAGAAGAAACAGAAGGGCACCAACCUGAAGACACCCUCCCAGAUGUGGCCAGAGGUGGAGAUGUGGCCCUGAGCAGCUGCCAAAACUGUUGUGACAGCCUCGAGAACAGAGAAAAAGCAGAAGCAGGAGUCUUAAAAGAAGCCAGAGCCCCAGAUGAAUCCCCCAACCCUCCGAGCAGCAGCGAGGAGAGUACAGGCAGCUGGUCCCAGCUGGCCAAUGAGGACGACAACCCAGACGACACAAGUAGCUUUCUGCAGCUCAGCGAGCGGUCCAUGAGCAAUGGCAACAGUAGUGCCACUAGCAGUCUUGGCAUUAUGGACCUGGACAUUUAUCAGGAAAGCAUACCAUCUUCUCCCAUGAUUAAUGAAUUAGUAGAAGAAAAGGAGAUUAUUAAAGAACCAUCAGAAAGCAUCAAGGAACUUGCCUCUGGUCUGCCAGGGAGAGCGCUCAGCCCCCAGAGGAGCCUGCUGGUGAUCAACUUUGACCUGGAGCCAGAGUGUCCUGAUGCUGAGCUUCGAGCCACCCUGCAAUGGAUAGCUGCCUCUGAACUUGGUAUCCCCACCAUCUACUUUAAGAAAUCUCAGGAAAGCAGAAUAGAAAAGUUUCUAGAAGUUGUGAAGCUUGUUCAUCAGAAGUCCUGGAAGGUGGGGGAUAUAUUUCAUGCGGUUGUCCAGUACUGCAAAAUGCAUGCGGAGAAGAAAGAGGGGACUCCGAGUCUCUUUGACUGGCUCCUGGAACUAGGAUAA